CAGACAUACAGGCAUGCACCGCCUCCUGCUUUUUUUUUCCCUUCACCUAGUUAGCUACACGGCUGCCCUCUGCUGCGCUUUUCCACUAGCAGUGUCUACGGUAACCCCUCCCGCACGUCUCUCCGUACCAAUGCGCCAUGCGACGACGCCUACCGGUCAAAGACUCUUCUGAGGAGAGCGAAUAUGCGGACUCCGACGUAGACGACGGUGCCGGGUCGGAUACAGAUCUGACAGACGUCGGAACAUGUAGUGACGAGGAUACUGACAGGCGUUCAAUGAAACAGAGUACACUAAAGAGGACUACAAAGAUAGCAGUACUCGCCUGCUAGACUGCAUGGAAGAUUAGUGGAACUAGUAGAUUGCAACCGGCCUCGCAAUUCAGGAUAUGCGAUGCUGACGCAGUAUAGAUGCUGGACAUUCCUUAGGAAAGACCACCUCUGUGACUAUGCGACCGUGUCUGUCUGCACUCUGCACACGUUCUUUGACUGGCUACUCAGUCACUGCC